AUGGCAAAUGAAGCAGGCCGAAGCCGUACCCGAACUCCGCCAAGGCGACCUCGCGUGCAGGCUGGCACUCCGCCCAGGGAGCCCCUGCCUCUGGACCCGUGGCAGCGGAGGGCCGCCAAGGUGGCAGAGUCAAAAAACUUGUUUCUGACAGGAGAAGCCGGGUCUGGAAAGUCAUACUUCUUGCAGUACCUUCGAGAGAAUCUUCGGGACCGCUGCAUCGCCCUGGUAGCGCCAACGUGGAAGGCCGCAUCGAGGAUUGGAGGUACUUCUGUACACUUUUUCGCUGGAGUCAAUGUUGGCAAGCUUGAGCACUCAGCUGAGGAGGCUUUGGCAUUCAUUAAGACUCGGCCAGACCCACUGCAGAAAGAAGUUUUCAAAAGACUUUGCCGCACGCAGGUUCUGAUUCUUGAUGAGGUUUCGAUGCUUUGCCCAGCAGUGCUGGAUCACCUUGAGCAGCUUUGCUGCAUGGUACGUGAAUCCAGCGAGGUGUUUGGCCGAAUCCGCUGCAUCUUCUCGGGCGACUUCAUGCAGAUCCCGCCCGUAGCAAGCAAGAAGCUUGCGUUUGAGGCUCACUGCUGGAACAGGUUGUUUUCGAGCGCGACCCAGAUGCAGACAUUGCAAGGAGUACAUCGGCAGAGCAAGGAUAAUGCUUUUCAUGGCUUCCUUAAUCGAUUGCGGUAUGGCUACCUGAAAGAAGAGGACAUAGGCAUUCUGCUUCGUGCAUCAGACCGUGAAGGGGGCCAUGAGUGUUUGCAGAUCUAUGCGAAGAAUGAGGACGUGGAGAAUGUAAACUCAUCGAGGUUGAGGAGACUGGACGGAGACACGGCCACUUUCCUCGCAAAGGAUUCCUUUGCUCCGGAGGUAUCACCCGAAAGCCAGUGGGAGUUGAAGCAUGCUUUGGAGGAACAAUGCCCAAGUGAACUGGUGCUCAAAGUCGGUGCGCCUGUCCGCCUGACCCAUGUGCGGAAUCGUACAGAUUUCCAUCGAGGCAUGGAGGGUACCGUGACCGGUUUCGAUGAGGGAUGGCCUGAGGUCGAACUCGCAGAUGGCGGGGGCAAAAUCACAGUCUGUUCCUGCAUGGGGGCCUCCAUCCAGGCAGAGGCCCGUGGACCGCGGCUUGCAACUCGGAGGCAGGUUCCAUUGGCCCUUGCUUGGGCCACCACAUUGCACAAGGCGCAGGGAAUGACCUUCGACCAUGCGGCAGUCCAUCUGAGCAAAGUCUUCCAGGCAAACAUGGGCUACGUAGCAUUGAGCCGAGUCUCCACUCACGAGGGCCUGAAGUUGCUGGACCGCUUGGGCACCAUGACGGCCGCGAACUUACGGAACUGGCUCCACCACAAGCUGUGCCAGUUUUGUCCGAAAGCUUUGCAGUUCCACAUGGCCAUGUUGGAUCAAGAGACGCGGCGGAGAAUCUGUUGUGGACAAGGAGACUUCCAGCAGCUGCUGCAGAAUGAUAACGCGUGGAAAGCAGCCCUACUCAGAGCUGGCUUUGUGGAAGGAGGGGGUUACACGUACACCGCCUCCUACCCUGACUGGGCCGUGGCAGAGUUCGGUCUCAACUGCCACAAGUGUGGGCGGAGGGGCCAUUGGCGAGCUGACUGCAUGGAGUGA